AUGGACCCAGCAACAAGCAUUAGGGCCCUGGAGCAACCCAAUGAUAAUACUGGCCCAAGUCCUUAUGUUUACGGGAUAGGUGACCUCCGGAACAUCUGGACGAGAUUCGACUUCGAACUCCUUGUAGGUAAAGGCCAUGUCUUUACCGAGACCGAAAAGGACUUCAUUUCCAAACACUUGAUACGGACCUUUUCGCUGUUAACUGCAUUUGACUAUACUAUCCAUCAUGACGUUGAGGUAGAAACACUCGUCACUCGUUGGGUCAACGAUAAGACUAAGUUCGACGACGAACUAUUAAGCGAUAACUUAGUCUUGAUUGGCCUAAGUCGGAUACGUGAUGACCCGGCAAAGUUCAAUAUCCUACGACAGAAGCUGACUGCCCCUAUCCUUCAGGAAGGCAUAGAGACAAAAUUGGGAGCUAAUCAGAGGAUGCCAUUCAUUGAAGAGGACAACAGACCAGAUACAUCGGCUUAUCAUAUAGCCAAUGGGCAUCUCGUAUUGGGGGGAGAUAAUCCACAGCCCAAUAAUAGAGUAAAGGUUACGAGGAAGAGGUUACGAGUAGGACAUCCGGCGUUUACGGAGAUCGAGAUUCUCAGAAGUUUGCGAGGCGCACUGAGAAAUUCACAGUCAGUUCAAAUUAGUACUUAUGUCUGCAUGGUCAAGUCUAGCGAUGAAACGCAAAUCCAAAGCAUAUCACUCCAUGCGAAUGGCGGAACCCUGGAGGAUUGCAUUUCAAGAAUCAAUUCUAUCCAGCCCGCCCCUAUCAAAGCUUGUCUGGAGCAGAUGGCAUGCAUCGCCGGCGCGAUCGAGUUUUUGCACCAGAUCCAAGCAUUGAAUAAUCCAUCAGAUCAGGAGUCGUGUUAUUGCCACCUGGACAUCAAACCUCAUAACAUCAUAGUAUUCCAAGACGAAGGACGGCUUGUUGGAGUUUGGAAAGUUAUAGACUUCGGUAUCUCAAAAGUCAGGAGACCCACGCUUCAAGGAACGCAUAUUCCUGUGCCUGGAACACAUACAGUACAGACAACAACUAGGCAGCUCGGAGGGACGUACCAACCCCCUGAGGUGAACCAGCAAAAUGUGAAAGCUAUGGGGCGCAGAAGUGACAUAUGGUCAUUAGGCUGCAUACUUGUUGAGCUUAUAACUGCGUUUUCCGGAGGAUUGGUGAUGUUGCGGGAACAGCUGAAACAAAGCGCCAUCGGUGAUCGUGGGAUUCCAACGGGUCAUGCGUAUUACUUCUAUCAGACGGCCUCUCUACAGAGUACUUGGACCCAUACUCCCGGACCUUGUUUCGAAUUAAAUGAACACAUACUCCAAUGUUUGAUAGCCCCCCCGGAUACAGAAGUCGUAUCAAAUUGCAAGGAUCUGAUUCGAAAGAUGCUUCUUAUCGACCGAACUAAGAGAAUGAAAUCAGCUUCAUUGGUAGAAGAAUUGGGACGUAUCGUAGAUAUAUGUCCAGAAGAUGACGAACUCGCUCAGCCAUUUUUCCCUGCUCAAGAGGCCUGA